UGCACGACAUCCAUUUUUUUUUUUUUUUUCCUUUUUUUGCUUCCCCAUAAUAUGUACGUAAUUAUGCAGUUUUUGUCCUGUUAAGUGUUCAACUUUAAUUUUCACCAUGAUGAUAAUUCAUUCCCUUUAACUUCCUUUUAACUGGUAAGCAUUGUCCCACUGAACUGUCUACAUAUACACACAUUUAUAUGUAACAUAUUUUUAUAUAUGCACAAUUUUUGCCAAACGAACACACGAAACAAAAAUUCCUCGAGGGGGAAAAAAACAAUCCAACUUAAAGACAUACAUUUCGCUUAUCGUUAAAAUAUUACCAAGUGUUAAAAAAAUGGAAUUCCUCACCUUCCUUUUGUUCUUUUUAACCGCUCUGCGAUGUACGCUGUCAUUCGAAGAAAGAGACACACUCUCACACGUGAAUAAGUUUUCCGUGAAUGAGUAUAUUCGAAAGGAUGGCAAUGAAGAUCAUGGGAAGUUCCAGGCCACGGAAUACUUCGAAAAAAUCGCCGCAGACUUCACCGAUGACAUAAAUACAGCCAAGGAAGCUUUACAAAAUAUGUUCCUCGAUAUAGAGGCUUCCUUUGAGGAGUUAUCCGACGACGUAGCGAAGAGUGUGUCACAAUACAGCUACGAUACGGAAGAAAAGCUGAAUAUUCUGGUGGGACUUGUAAAUGAAUUUGUCGAAAACAACAAAGGUGUCAUCUUCAAGUCAUCCGAAGAAAAAAAAAAAGUGGAAGAACACAAGUUUAAAAAAAUGUGUGAUUUAAUUUUAGAGAAGGUAAAAACAGUGGUGGAACUGAGCACUAUUAAUAACUAUCGAAUAAUUUUAAAAUUUGGUAAAGGUGACAGAAAAAGUGACAUACUGGACAAAGUAAAAAAUGAUGACAGCAUAUCGGAUGCACUAAAAAGUGAGCUGUUAAAAUAUGAAGACGUGGAAAGUAAAAAUGCAAAUGUAUCCAGCCUGGUCAAUUUUAUAUCCCCCAUUUAUGAAAGCUUUAAACAAAAGCUAAAUGCAUUAAUACGAGAAGUUUCUUCCGAUUUGGGAAAAAUAAUUUAG